ACUCAGUCAACUGCAGCCUUCCUAGAGCCUAACUCCUCUCUGGAUUCCUGAGCACGAUUUUUGAAACUUAGCUCUUAAAAUUUUUUUUAAGCCACUUAAAAAUCCUCGGGGAUCUCUGUCCUGAUAAUGUCCUCUAUUAAAAUUGAGUCCGUGGUUCUGGACAGCAGCAAGUGUGGAGAAUCUCCAGUGUGGGAGGAAAAAUCCAACAGUCUGCUGUACGUGGAUAUUCCAUCCAACAAGAUUUUCCGAUGGGAUUCACUCACCAAGCAAGUGCAGGAGAUUACUGUAGAUAGUUCGGUCAGCUCCGUGGCCAUUCGACAGUCUGGUGGGUAUGUUGCAACAGUAGGGACUCGGUUCUGUACUUUGAACUGGGAGGACCAAUCGUUAACUGUCCUGUACACUGUGGAUAAAGAUAAGAAAAACAAUCGAUUCAAUGAUGGGAAGGUGGAUCCAGCUGGGAGAUACUUUGCUGGUACCAUGGCCGGGGAGACUGCCCCUGGGGUGCUGGAGAGGCACCAAGGUUCCCUGUACGUUCUCUUUCCCAAUGGCACUGUGGAGAAGUACUUUGAUCAUGUGGACAUCUCGAAUGGUUUGGAUUGGUCCUUGGAUCACAAAAUCUUCUAUUACAUUGACAGCCUGUCUUACUCUGUGGAUGCCUUUGAUUAUGACUUACAGACAGGAAAAAUUGCCAACCGCAGAAGUGUGUACAAGAUGGAAAAGGAAGAAUACAUUCCAGAUGGAAUGUGCAUUGAUAAUGAAGGGAAGCUCUGGGUGGCUUGCUACAAUGGAGGGAGAGUGAUCCGCUUAGAUCCAGAGACAGGAAAAAGACUUCAAACAGUAAAGCUGCCUGCUGAAAAAACAACUUCCUGCUGUUUUGGAGGAAAGGAUUAUUCUGAAUUAUAUGUGACCUCUGCCUGGGGUGGCCUGGAUCCUGAUAAACUUGCAAGACAACCAGAGGCAGGAAGGAUUUUCAAGAUAACUGGACUUGGUGUAAAAGGAAUCGCCCCAUAUGCCUUUGCUGGAUAAAUCCUCAACGCACACUGGGCUAAUUUUCCCAGCUCUCUUUUUUUGCUGGAAUUCUUUGGCAGAAUUUGGAUUCAAAUAGAGUUAGAUCAAGGAGAAACCCCCUCCAAAUUACUUUUUCCUAUAGGUUGAACAAUAGUCUUUAACUGAUUUGAUCUUAUUUGGAACAAUGUCUGAGGGUCACUUUGGAGCUGAAGAGUCUUUGGGGCUAAUUAUUUUGCCCUGCCAAAUGAAGAGGCCCAAGAGCAUCUUGUGACAUGAAUGUAGCCUCCUCAUGAGCAAUCAUGAGGCUUCAUUACUUCUGUCAAUACACUGCAAAAUCCUCAGUAAAGAGUGCUGCGAAAUCGCCAAUUCUUCACCUAUCAAUUGACAUGUCUUCCUCCUUUCUAAGUUCUAGUUGAAGAAGGACCACAUAUAUUCUUCUGUUUUGUCAUAAAAAGGCCUAAGACAUCCACACCCAAUAAAUAUCAAUCUACUUGACUGUC